AAAAUCGGCUGACUUAUGAAAAAUUGAACAGAAGCUCCCUGGAUUGUUUGCAGCGACAGCUCUCCCUCUCUACUAAACUAAACUUAGAGCCCCCUCUAUUGCAGGCUCCAACCCGCCAGCAACCGCUCUCCACAGUACGUGUCUCGCUCCGGGAGCUCAGGCUGUGCGCGCGGCCUCAUGAACGAGAGGAAACACAGCCGUACGCUCUCUGGAGCCUCCAAAACCAAGGACGACCCCGCAGUAGCUACGCCUGGGGAGUUUGUUCGUCGCUAUGGAGGCAAGAGAGUGAUAGAGAAGGUCCUGAUAGCCAACAAUGGGAUAGGGGCAGUCAAAUUCAUUCGCUCCGUUCGAAGAUGGAGCUACGAAAUGUUCAACAACGAGAGGGCGAUCACGUUCCACGCCAUGGUAACCCCUGAGGACCUCAAGGCAAAUGCGGAGUACAUCCAUCUAGCAGACAAUUUCAUCUUGGUCCCUGGAGGGACUAACAACCAUAACUAUGCCAACGUCGACCUCAUUCUAGACCUAGCCAAGAGAAUACCUGUACAGGCGGUGUGGGCGGGGUGGGGCCACGCCUCAGAGAACCCGAAGCUGCCCGACAUUCUCCACAAAGCCAACAUCGCCUUCCUCGGUCCGCCAGCCUCAGCCAUGUGGGCCCUCGGAGACAAGAUUGCCUCAUCCAUUGUCGCCCAGACUGCCUCCGUACCCACCCUACCCCUGGAGUGGAUCAGGUCUGAAACUGGACCAGUGUCCCUCUGA